AUGGCAGAGUGUAUCUGCGGGAAGGAUCACUCGCUAGCCAUUUGCAGCAAUGGAAGCGUCUUCUCUUGGGGAGCCGGCACUUUUGGACAGUUGGGCACUGGAGAACUGAAAGACCGCCUAAUCCCAAAGAAAAUUGAUGGCUUGUCUACAUUCAAAGUAAUACAGGUGGCUUGUGGACACUACCAUUCAAUAGCCCUGACAAAAGAUGGCAGAGUCUUCUCCUGGGGGCAGAACAUCUAUGGCCAGCUGGGAAUUGGUAAAGAGGUCUCUUCCCACGGCCGGCCGCAGCAUGUUACUGCCCUUGAUGGCAUCCCAUUGGCUCAGGUGGCUGCGGGCGGGGCUCAUAGUUUUGCCCUUUCCCUUCUGGGAGUUGCGUAUGGAUGGGGAAGGAACCACGUGCAUCAGCUGGGCUUAAGUCAAAGUGAUCCCAAAGAACAGAUCUACAAGCCGUACUCCGUGGCGGCUCUGAGGAGCCUUGGAGUGGUCUACAUUAGCUGGAGCUGUUCGCACAGGGUGUGCAGCUGCUGA